UUAGUCGAUGAACCGAGCUUUCCUCUGGAUAACAGCAGCUUUGUGAAUGGGGAAAGUGGGCGUUCUGCGGAAUAAUCUCUAGCAUCAGCUGCCCUCAGCAUGUCAGGAAACACAACACUUCUGCUUUCCGGCCCCACAAACAUCUUGGACAACUCUUCUGUGCUCAAUGUCUCUAUGGCACCACCCCUUCCUUCCUGGGAGACCCCAACUUUCACCACAGCUGCUCGAUUCCGUGUUGUUGCCACCCUAGUGCUCUUUGUAUUUGCAGCGGUCAGUAACUUGUCUGUGCUACUAAGUGUGACGUGUGGUCGGGGCAGGCGCUUGGCUUCACACUUACGCCCACUGAUUGCCAGUCUGGCAUCAGCUGACCUCGUCAUGACUUUUGUGGUGAUGCCACUGGAUGCAGUGUGGAAUGUGACGGUGCAGUGGUAUGCUGGGGAUGCCAUGUGUAAACUCAUGUGCUUUCUGAAGCUGUUUGCCAUGCACUCAUCUGCGUUCAUCUUAGUGGUGGUGAGCCUGGAUCGGCACCAUGCCAUCCUGCACCCGCUGGACACACUGGAUGCGGGACGCAGGAACAGGAGGAUGCUGGUGACUGCAUGGAUACUCAGCCUGCUCCUUGCUUCCCCACAGUUAUUCAUUUUCCGGGCAAUAAAGGCCAAGGGAGUUGAUUUUGUCCAGUGUGCUACACAUGGAAGCUUCCAGAAGCACUGGCAGGAGACGGCAUAUAACAUGUUCCACUUUGUCACACUCUAUGUGUUCCCUCUGCUUGUCAUGAGCUUGUGCUAUACACGUAUCCUGAUUGAAAUCAACCGCCAGAUGCACAGGAGCAAGGACAAAGCAGGAGAGCCUUGUCUGAGACACAGUGGAACGGAUAUGAUUCCUAAAGCUCGUAUGAAGACCCUAAAAAUGACCAUUAUUAUUGUUGCAUCAUUUGUCAUUUGCUGGACACCAUAUUACCUUCUUGGGAUCUGGUACUGGUUCCAGCCACAGAUGCUGCAAGUCAUCCCUGAUUAUGUUCACCAUGUCUUCUUUGUUUUUGGAAACCUCAACACAUGUUGCGAUCCGGUAAUUUAUGGUUUCUUCACGCCAUCGUUCCGUGCAGACUUGUCCAGAUGUUUCUGCUGGAGGAGCCAAAAUGCUUCAGGCAAAUCUCUGGUGCAGUUCUCUGGUCACAGGAGAGAAGUCAGUGGAGAAGCAGAGUCAGACUUGGGAAGUGGUGAACAACCCAGUGGACAACAAGCACAAAUGAUUUGAACUCAGUUAUGUUUUUGAGGGAAAUGUGGUGUUUUUUUUGUUUUGUUUUUUUACUUCUGCCUUAUCUGCCAAUCUGUAACUGUUCCAUGUGCUUUUUCCAUGAGCGCAGUUAGAGAUCUCUAUUACAGGC